GGGUCGAGUUGGGCUCAACAUGAACCUGCCGCUCUGACACUCCAGGCAGGGACAAGCAGGCAGCAGCCAGCCGGCCGAGCCCAAAGCAGCAGUCGACAGGUAAACACGCAAUAAUUAUACCUUUUAUUCUCUAGACAGAGCAGAGGGAAAGGGUUAGCAGCGAUGAGGGAAACAGAUCUAUAUCUAUAUUAGCCCCUACCCUGGCGGAGGUCUGACAUGUGUUUGGAGAAUCACAGCUUCAGUCUGGUUCUCAGUGCAACGUGAAGCACAAGCAUGGUUGACUGUAAAGCUUUGUUUCUGCUGUUGGUGACUUCAACCAAAUCACUAAUCUGCAGCACGGACUUAGACUGCAGUCUUACUGUUGCAAUAUUGUGGGAGUAUAAAUCAGUUGUUGUUAGAUCUUAUUCACAUUUGUAGAUAAUCUAGUAAGUUAACUAGUGUUCCUAUAUUUUUGUGUUGUGUCAAGGGGAACCUGCCCGGGUGCUUUGAACAUCAGCAACAAGUGUUGACCUGGGUGCUGCAUUGGUCAUGGCUGUCGCUUACAGUGCUUUCACCCAGCCGGGCCUGUUUUCUCAGCAGUUCCCUCCUCCCCUGCUGCCCAAGCCUGGAAAGGACAACGUUCGGCUUCAGAAGCUUCUCAAAAGAAUAGCCAAGAAAAAGGCCUCUGCCCAGGCAGCACAGUCUGCAGCACCUUUUCGUUCAAGCCUUUCCCCUGUGAAUGAAGCAAGUCCUGACCUCGAGCGCAGUGACCACUCCACUCCUCCCCGCACACCUGAGACACCGUUCAACUUCUACAGUAUCCAGCAUCCACCGCGCUUCACUGUCAGGCCACUCUAUCAACAUGUGGCAUCCACGUACCCUCAACGUGCCGCCUAUGGCAAACCAGCAAUGUUUCCACCUAACACAGGGGCAAUACCAUACACGCAAGUCACUACAGUUACCUCAUACGCAGUAUCAACCUACUUUCCUGUCGUGUCACCUAAUUUGGUGACGAUUGCCCAGUCAGGGGUACCGCAAAUCUCAGUGCAAGACUUAUCUGUGCCAAUAAUGUCAGCUAGUGAGGUGAAAAAGCCACGUUUAAGCACAUUUGUUGAACCUCGUGGUGGUCUUACACCUGCUGCUGCAGCAACACGAGGGCCUAAACCCACAAGUCCAGGUCUGUCUCCAUAUUCUGCAGCAGGAGGUCAAGGUUUCACUCGACCACUCACAGUGUUGACGCCACUCUUAAAGUCCAAAAGUCCUCGGCCAAACUUCAGGGCAACCGAACCCUCAAGGUCACCAAAACCAAUGUUUGAUGUCCCUCAAAUAAGAAUGUACACAGCCAGCACUUCGUUUUAUGAAUCAUGUAGGACACCUCCUGUGUAUGACACAGCUGAACUAACUGCAAUUGGUAGCAGCGUACCACAAAUUAUGGUACAAACAGUACCACCUGUGGACGUUACGAGUGGCAAUAAGCCGACAGCCGGGACAAUUACAGUCAACGCUCCCGCUUCAGAAUUCAGAAAAGACACUCAGGCAAGGUCUGAAAUCAAAACAACAACAUCGACAUCUGAAAUCACAACAGUUACGCCUGAAAUCCAAAGAGAAGCUCCAACAGCUGACGUAAGAGUUAAAACACAAACAUAUGACUUUCAAACACAGAGAACCGGAACAGGACGGCCUAUGACCCCUGCAUACCAUGGGAACCGGGCUCCAACCCCUGUGUUUGAAAUCUCCAAACCGAAUCCUCUCCUGUUUGCCGUGUCACCAAUUACAGUAGAGUCUGAAAGAUCAUAUUCUCCAAGAUCGGAUUCUGCUGUUAGUGCUUUGUCAAUUUCCAAUACUGUGAUGACUGUUGUGUCUGAGCCUAAACCUAUGGAAAUAGCAAUGAAUGGUGACAUUCCUCUUUGGUUGACACCUCAACCAAUCCAGAAAGGUAUAACAAAGGCAAGAUCCGAGCCUUCUUUGACCGGAACAUCAACUGCAACUGAUCCUCAAAGAUCUAAAACGCCUACAUUUGAGCUAACAGCACCAGAAGUGAUUUCUUACACAUACCAGAGCCGCAGGACUCCAACGUAUGAGGCAUCCCGCCUGAUGACUGCAUCGCCCGUCUACAAAAGACCAAAAACACCCACUGGGCUCUCAAGACCAAGAACCCCAAUCCCUACGGCUCAAAACACAAGGUCAGCCUAUCGUGGUUUGACACCUGCAGAAUACACAGCUUAUGGUGGAAUCAAAACCUACUCCCCAGCAUUUGGAAUAUCCAUGUCUACUACAUCAGCUGAAGAGGUUGUUAAAGUUACAAAGGAGGAUUCAGAGAAGUCCAAAACACCAAGUCAAGAGCCUUCAAGGAGAGAACCCUCAACAUCCGAGGUACCCCAUGUCAAAGAAGUAGAUAAACCUCUUUCUGUCCCCAUUAUUGUCGUUUCACAGGCAUCCAGCACCCCAGUCUUAGCAGCACAGGAGACAAGUAGAGCUUCCAGUCAGGUCACUGUAAAACCAGAGGUAACCAUCGCACAGGAACCUUCCAAAACGAAGGUUUCAACAGCAGAUGUGAAGACUCCAGUUCAAAAAGAAACCAAAACAAAACCCCCAGAAAUCAAGCAACCCCCUCCCAAAUCUGGUGACCUAGAUCCCUUAAGGGCAGUAAGGAAAUUCUUUGGUAAAGAUAAAACCCAGAACACAGAACAGAAAGCAGAAACCAAGGCACCAACUGAUGUGUCACAAUCAAAAGAGCCAGUUAAAGCUGUAAGUCCUAUCAAAACCGAUGGCUCAAUGGCAGCCCCCACAGCUGCUGUUCCCAGUAAACAAUCACCUGCUUUGGAAUCUGAACGAGGCAAAGACACGACACAAGACAAAGAGAAAGAGUCAGCUGUUGCACCUGAGAAGAAGGAAAGUGCAGCUGAGCCUCUUAAGGUCUUGCAAAAGUCAAAGGGCUUAAAAUCAAAAGUGAGUGGAUGGUCCCGUCUCAAGAAGCACAUGGUAGUGGAGCAGGAAGAGCCCAAAUUUCCAGAACUUGACUCUCACGAGGAAGCCACUGGGCAGGACCAGAAUUCAGAGAAAAAGACUGAUGACAGUGUUGAUGGAACUGCUGAGAAGGGCCAGACCAAAGGCACCGCAACAAAGAUGUGGGACGCUGUGCUCUUCCAAAUGUUCUCCAGCAAAGAGAGUAUCAUGCAUCAGAUUGAGUUGAACAAGAGCGAGGAGGAAAAGACAAAAGACGAAAAAGAUAAACCCAAAGAGGUACCAGCGUUUGCACACCGACUGCCUGUGCUGCUUUUUAGUCCAAGGUUUGAUGCUAAAAAGCUAAAGGAGGCAGCUUCCAGGCCAGUCACUAAAAUCUCAACAGUGUUUGAAAUGGGUCUCAUCGGACGGAAGGGAAAAGAUGAGGAACCAAAAGACUUCAAUAGAACAGCAAGAGGUUUUACAGCUAUUUAGGUCGUGUCUAUGGUACAGUGUCAAACUGUACGUUCAAAAAGGAAGCCUAUGUAUAAUGUACAGGAACAGUAGUCAUGGCAACAGAAAUGAAAGGUCUAACGUCUUAGUCUCUGUGUUAAACAAAUACCAUUCGUGUCAGUGUUGUAGAAACUCCAGCUUCCAU